GAGACUUUGACUCUUAACCCUCCUUCUCCUUCCUCUCUGCCACUUCAUCUCCGCCCUGUUACUUCCGCCUUUCUCCUCGCCAGUUAAGCUCUCAGAUUUGAUUACACAUGGGAAACUGUUAUGCUAAACCAAAAAACAAACACAACCCGUUUUUUAACGAGUACACGUCUACAACAAACAGCAGUUCUGGAGCUGGUUUCAAGUUCGCUCAUUUGAAAGAUCCAAGAGAACGUGAUAUAUCCCUUAGGUAUGAUCUGGGUCGUGAGCUUGGUCGUGGACAGUUUGGUACCACGUACUUGUGCACUGAUAUCGAAACUGGCGAGAAGUAUGCGUGCAAGUCUAUAUUAAAGAAGAAACUUAAAACAGCAAGUGAUAUAGAGGAUGUUAGGAGGGAAGUUGAGAUAAUGAUGCGUAUACCUAAGCACCAAAACCUCGUGUCCAUCAAGGAUUCCUUUGAAGACGAUGAAGCUGUGUAUAUAGUGAUGGAGUGUUGUGAAGGUGGUGAGUUGUUUGAUCGGAUUGUUGCAAGAGGUCAUUACACUGAACGAGAUGCUGCUGCUUUAAUGAAGACUAUUCUUGAAGUUGUUCAGAUAUGCCAUGAGGAUGGAGUGAUGCAUCGGGAUUUAAAGCCUGAGAACUUUCUCUUUGCUAAUAAAAAUGAUAAUUCACCCCUUAAAGCCAUAGAUUUUGGAUUAUCAGUCUUCUUUAAGCCUGGUGAGACAUUCAAUGAGAUUGUCGGAAGUCCAUAUUACAUGGCACCAGAAGUACUUAAACAAAACUAUGGACCUGAGGUUGAUAUCUGGAGUGCUGGAGUCAUCCUUUAUAUCAUGCUCUGUGGUGUUCCACCAUUUUGGGCUGAGACUGAGCAAGGGGUGGCUAAGGCUAUCAUCAGGUCAGUCAUCGACUUUAAGAAGGAUCCAUGGCCAAAAGUCUCUGACACUGCCAAAGACCUUGUGAGAAACAUGCUCGAACCUGACCCCAAAAAGCGUCUCUCUGCUGCACAAGUACUCGCAGAACAUCCUUGGAUAAUGAAUCCAAAGAAGGCUCCAAAUGCUUCCCUCGGCGAGACUGUGAAAGCAAGGCUCAAACAAUUUUCUGUUAUGAACAAGUUCAAGAAACAAGCCCUACAGGUGAUAGCCGAUUACUUGUCAGUGGAAGAAGUAGCUGGCAUAAAGGAAGCGUUUGAGAUGAUGGACAAUACCAAGACGGGCAAGAUAAACAUCGAGGAGCUUAAAAAUGGGCUGCUUAAACUCGGACAUCCGCAGAUACCUGAUGCUGAUCUACAGAUUUUGAUGGAAACUGCUGAUGCGGAUGGGGACGGGACUUUAAAUUAUGGCGAGUUUGUGGCUGUCUCUGUGCAUCUUCAGAAGAUGGCUAACGAUGAACACUUGCACAAGGCUUUUAGCUUUUUUGACCAGAACCAGAGCAAUUACAUAGAGAUUGAAGAGCUGCGGGAAGCAUUAUAUGUUGAGGUGGAUGCUAGCAGUGAGGCGGUCAUUGCAGCCAUCAUGCAAGAUGUUGACACCGACAAGGAUGGACGAAUAAGCUAUGAAGAGUUUGCAGCGAUGAUGGAAACUGGGACUGACUGGAGGAAAGCAUCGAGACAGUAUUCCAGAGAAAGAUUCAAGAGUUUGAGCAAUGAGUUGAUGAGAGAUGGUUCGUUGCAAUCAGAAGGUGAGGCCUGAGAGAGCAUAUGAUCUUUUAAAAGAAGUGAAGGUUUAUAAAGAUGGUCCAUAUGGCUAAUAUUACUUUCCCAAAAAAGGGUGCCAAGGCUUGGUUUUAAGUUUUACUAGUGGUGUGGUGCUAUUUCUUGUUUGUUGAAUGUUAUGUGUGUUGUGGACUUGUGUUUUUGGUCGUGUUUGGGACCUAGUGUGAAUGUGAUCGUGCAAG